CUCUCUCUCUCUCUCUCUCGUGUGUGUGUGUGUGUGUGUGUGUGUGUGUGUGUGUGUGUGUGUGUGUGUUGAGUCUGUUUUUGCAGAGGGGGAAAUCAACCCUAGGGCCUCACUUGCUAAGCAUAGACUCUGCCUUUGAGCUCCACCUGGCCCCAGACAAGUCUUUGGAACAAAACUCUGAAGGAAAUGGUGAUCUAAAAGUUAUAAGCUCUGGUCUCAGUCUGGAGUACUGGCUGCUCUUCCAGAGGACCAGAGUUCAAUUCCUAGCACCCACAUGGCAGCUUGUAACUCAGUCCCAGGGGAUCCAAUUUGUUCUUUUGGCUUCUAAGGACACCGGGUGGUGAUUGGACUCUAGACCAUGUGCCUAGGUAGUUUUUCUACUCCCCCAGCAGCGUUCACCACACCCUUGUUUUGAGAACCUCACUAAGCUCUUGUCAGCAUCCAGCCAUGGGGGACAUGAAAACUCCAGAUUUUGAUGACCUUCUGGCUGCCUUUGACAUCCCAGAUCCCACAAGUCUUGAUGCCAAGGAGGCCAUCCAGACCCCCAGUGAGGAGAAUGAGAGUCCUCUGAAGUCCUCAGGCAUGUGUAUGGAUGAGAGCGUGUCCUUGUCUCACUCAGGGUCCGCCCCAGAUGUACCGGCCGUGAGUGUCAUUGUCAAGAACACCAGCCGCCAGGAGUCCUUUGAAGCGGACAAAGACCACAUUGCUCCCAGUCUCCUACACAACGGAUUUCGGGGUUCAGACCUGCCUCCAGACUCCCACCAUUGUGGGAAGUUUGAUUCUACUUUCAUAAAUGGAGACAGUAUUAGGAGUUUUACCGGCAAGCUAGAGCCUUCCAAGUCGGAGCCAUUACCCACCUUCAACCAGUUCAGCCCCAUCUCUAGCCCAGAACCUGAGGAUCCUGUCAAAGAUAACGGGUUUGGGGUGAAGUCCAAGCACUCUGAUAGUUAUUUCCCACCUCCUCCUGGGUGUGGGGCUGUGGGGGGCCCAGUCUUGGAAGCUCUGGGUAAGUUCCCAGUCCCAGAGCUACACAUGUUUGAUCACUUCUGUAAGAAAGAGCCCAAACCAGAGCCUUUGCCUUUAGAGAGCCCCCAGGAGCAGGAACGGGGUGGGCAGAAGGUGUCGGAGCCUCACAAAGAUCUGGAUUCCAGUCGGUUCUUUGGGGAAUCUUUGGAAUUCAAUAGUCACUCUAGCAACAGUGUUGGAGAGCCCAAAAAGCUUGCUCCAGAGCUCAGUGCUUGCUCCUCUGUGCCCCCUAGGCAGCGUCUGAAGCCAGCCCACUCCAAACUGUCCUCUUGUGUUGCAGCCUUGGUGGCCCUACAGGCCAAAAGGGUGGCCAGUGUCACCAAGGAGGAUCAGCCUGGUCACACAAAGGAUUCCUCAGGGCCCACUAAAGAGGGUUCUAAAGGUAGCCCCAAAAUGCCCAAGUCACCAAAGAGUCCCCGGAGCCCUCUGGAGGCCACUAGAAAAAGUAUCAAGCCAUCAGACAGCCCUCGGAGCAUCUGCAGUGACAGUAGCAGCAAAGGGUCCCCUUCUGUGGCUGCCAGCUCCCCACCAGCAAUUCCCAAAGUCAGAAUCAAAACAAUUAAGACAUCAUCAGGGGAAAUCAAACGGACUGUUACAAGGAUCUUGCCAGACCCCGAUGAUCCAAGUAAGUCCCCUGUUGAGUCACCUGUAGGGAGCACCAUUGCUGAAGCCCCAAGUGAGAUGCCAGGGGAUGAGGGCACAGCCCUGCCUGUGGAAGAGCACUUUUCUGAGGCAGGCAUAAAUUCAGGGAGCCCCCAGGGUGACAGAAAAGGGGAUGAGAGCAUGAUAAAGGCCAGUGACUCGUCAUCUCCCUGCCGCAUCUCUGGGCCCCGGGUCCCAAAAGGAGCUGCCCUGAACUCACAGACGAGUAAGAAGCAACAGAGCACAGCACUUCAGGCAUCAACCCUGGCCCCUGCCAGUCUGUUGCCCAAAGCUGUGCACUUGGCCAACUUGAACCUGGUCCCCCACAGUGUUGCCGCGUCUGUGACUGCCAAGUCCUCAGCACAGAGACGGAGCCAGCCUCAGGUCACACAAAUGACAGUUCCCCUGGUCCAUCAGGUGAAAAAGGCCGCCCCUCUAAUCGUGGAGGUCUUCAACAAGGUCCUCCACAGCUCUAACCCUGUGCCCCUCUAUGCGCCAAAUCUCAGCCCACCUGUAGACAGCAGAAUCCAUGUGCCGGCCAGUGGGUACUGCUGCCUGGAGUGUGGAGACGCGUUUGCCUUAGAGAAGAGCCUGAGCCAGCACUACAGCCGGCGGAGUGUGCACAUUGAGGUGCUGUGCACACUCUGCUCCAAGACACUGCUCUUCUACAACAAGUGCAGCCUGCUUCGGCACGCCCGUGACCACAAGAGCAAAGGGCUUGUCAUGCAGUGUUCUCAGCUGCUUGUGAAGCCCAUCUCUGCGGACCAGAUGUUUGUCACAGCUCCUGUGAACUCCACGGCACCAGCAACCCCAGCCGCUUCUUCCUCCCCUAAACCCAACCCCACUUCAGGCAAUGCCAGCCCUGCAAUGCCAGCCUUGCCACUUUACCCAGACCCAGUGAGGCUCAUCCGGUAUGGAACCAAAUGUCCUGAGUGUCACAAGCAGAUGCGAGACUAUAUGGUCCUAGCUGCACAUUUCCAGAGGACAACAGAGGAAACGGAGGGACUGACGUGCCAGGUGUGCCAGAUGCUGCUGCCAAACCAGUGCAGUUUCUGUGCACACCAGCGGAUUCACGCACACAAGUCCCCCUACUGCUGCCCAGAGUGUGGUGUCCUCUGUCGCUCUGCCUACUUCCAGACUCAUGUGAAAGAGAAUUGCCUGCACUAUGCCCGAAAAGUGGGCUACAGGUGCAUCCACUGUGGUGUCAUCCACCUGACUUUGGCCUUGCUGAAAAGCCACAUCCAGGAGCGACACUGCCAGGUUUUUCACAAGUGUGCAUUCUGCCCCAUGGCCUUCAAGACUGCCAGUAGUACAAUGGACCACAGCACCGCCCAGCACCCCACCCAGCCCCACAGACCCUCCCAGCUAAUUUAUAAGUGCUCCUGUGAAAUGGUCUUCAAUAAGAAGAGGCACAUUCAACAGCAUUUUUACCAGAAUGUCAGCAAGACACAGGCGGGUGUCUUCAAGUGCCCUGAGUGCCCGCUCCUGUUUCUGCAGAAGCCAGAAUUAAUGCAGCACGUCAAGAGUACCCACGGGGUUCCCCGGAACGUGGAUGAGCUGUCCAGCCUCCAGUCUUCAGCGGACACAUCCUCUAGCCGCCCUGCUUCUCGGGCUCCCACUGAGCCCCCAGCCACAAGUGUAGCUGCUAGAGGCAGCUCCCUGACGUCAGGCCGUUGGGGCCGGCCGGAAGCCCAGCGCAGGGCUGAAGCCAGGCCCCGGAUGAGGAGCACUGGCUGGACCUGCCAGGAGUGCCAGGAAUGGGUUCCUGAUCGAGAGAGCUACGUGUCCCACAUGAAAAAGAGCCACGGUCGGACACUGAAGCGGUACCCCUGCCGGCAGUGUGAACAGUCCUUCCAUACCCCCAGCAGCCUGCGCAAACACAUACGCAACAACCAUGACACAGUCAAGAAGGUCUACACUUGUGGGUACUGCACUGAGGAUAGCCCCAGCUUUCCUCAGCCCUCCCUCCUGGAGAGCCACAUCAGCCUUAUGCAUGGUAUCAGAAACCCUGAUUUGAGCCAGACGUCCAAAGCCAGACAUCCAGGUGGACAUUCUCCUCAGGUGAACCAUCUGAAAAGACCAGUCAGCAGAAUGGCAGAUGCUCCAGGCGCUAGCAAUGGCGUGACUGCUGCCUCUACCAAAAGGCACAAGCCCCUGUUUCAGUGUGCGAAGUGCAGCUUUGCCACGGACUCAGAGCCGGAGUUCCAGAACCACAUACCUCAGCACCAGGUGGACAGCUCCACAGCCCAGUGUCUCCUCUGUGGGUUGUGCUACACGUCUGCCAGUUCCCUCAACCGCCACCUCUUCAUAGUCCACAAAGUGAGAGACCAGGAGGAGGAAGAGGAGGAGGAGGAGGAGACUGUGGAAGUGAAGGUGGAAGCCGCGGACCCAGAGGCAUGCUCUGGAGAGGAGGUGGCCAUGGAAACUAGAGAGAAUGGACUGGAAGAAUGUGCCAGUGAGCCUUCGGUGGCUGACCUAAAGCCAAGGAGGUCACUAGGCCUAUCCCUGGAGGAAGACAGUACCCAAGGCCCCCAAAAUCAACCACAGGCCUCUCAGGACCAGAACAGCCAUGCACUAUCUCCUCAGGUGUGACCAGAGGCUUUGUAGCCAUCAGUCAGGCCUGGCACCCUCCACCGCUGUGCAGACUGUGAACUAGAAAGCUCUGCCCCAGUGUGUGUGGCCGCUGUGCUCUGGAGCAGUGUCUGUCCUGAGCUGGAGAGUCUGGGUGACCCCAGCCCCAGAAAAUGGGCAUCAUCCAGAAUCCCUCACAGCUCUGA